AUGGCAGCCAAAUCGAAGCAGCAGGCCGUGUCCAAGACGCAUGGAUACCAAUUCUUUGGUCCUCCAGGUGUUGCGGCCAUCAGCUUCGGGCUGCCCGUUUUGAUCUAUGCUUUUUCAUUCGCCUGCAAUGAUAUUUCGGGAUGUCCCGCGCCCUCACUGCUCCACCCCAAAUCGCUCGACUUGGAAACACUGAAGAAGGAGGUGGGCUGGCCUGAGAAUGGGGUCCGUGGACUGGUGAGCUGGGAGGCCACUGGCUGGACGCUGGCCUAUUACCUCCUCAGCGCCCUGCUGUACAGAGUUCUACCGGGAACCGAGGUGGAAGGGACUAAGCUCGCGAACGGUGGGCGGCUCAAGUACAAGUUCAAUGCCUUCUCCUCAACCAUGUUCAUCCUGGCCAUCUGUGCCGCUGGCACCAUCGCCCAGGGCGCCGAGUUUCCGCUGUGGACAUUCAUCGCCGACAAUUACCUUCAGAUCUUGACCACCAACAUCAUCAUAGCCUAUGCCCUUGCGACCUUUGUCUAUAUCCGGAGCUUCGGCGUCAAGCCUGGCAAUCCCGAGUUUCGCGAGCUCGCAGCGGGCGGGGUGACGGGCAACAUGCUCUAUGACUGGUUCAUCGGCCGCGAGCUGAACCCGCGCAUCACCCUUCCCCUAAUUGGCGAGAUCGACAUCAAGGAGUUCAUGGAGGUCCGCCCGGGGCUGACGGGCUGGAUCCUGCUCAACUGUGCCUUCACGGCCAAGCAGUACCGAACCUUCGGCUUCGUCACCGACAGCAUCGUCUUCAUAACGGUCGUGCAGGCGUUCUACGUGCUCGACUGCCAGUUCAUGGAGACUGCCAUAUUGACCACCAUGGACAUUACCACCGACGGCUUCGGCUUUAUGCUCUCGUUCGGCGAUCUGGUCUGGGUGCCCUUCAUCUACUCCCAGCAGACUCGCUACCUGUCGGUGCACCCGCAGACCCUGGGCGCUCUCGGACUUGCCGGCGUCGGCGUGCUCCUCCUUAUCGGCUUCGCCAUCUUCCGCCUCUCCAACAGCCAGAAGAACGCGUUCCGCAGCAACCCCAACGACCCCAGAGUCGCCCACCUCAAGUACAUCGAGACCAAGGCCGGGACCCGCCUGCUCAUCUCUGGCUGGUGGGGCAUCGCCCGCCACAUCAACUACUUUGGCGACUGGCUCCAGGCCUGGCCGUACAGCCUCCCCACCGGCCUGGCGGGUUACACGAUCCUGUCGGCCGGUACCGCGGUCGAGGGUGCCAUUAGGAUGCUGGAUGGGCGCGAGGUGGUCCCCGGCGAGGCGAAAGGCUGGGGCAUCAUCUUCACCUACUUUUAUGUGCUCUACUUCGCCGUGCUGCUGAUCCAUCGCGAUAGGCGCGACGACGAGAAGUGCUCACUAAAGUAUGGCGAGGACUGGGAAAAGUACAAGAAGAUUGUGAGGUGGAGGAUCGUGCCCUACAUUUACUGA